GCAAUUGUUGCUAUUGAUAUUGGACUGAAGUACAACAUCCUCUUUGACAUUCAUGCACUUUCUUCCCUUAAUGCUCAUGUAAAUAUGCUUUCUGAGCAAAGGACCCCUUUGUAUUCUUGUCUUUACCUCGAUUAAAUUCAAAGUCCUGUUCCAAUACAUUCGUCAACGAUUGUAAACUCUUUCAAGGAAGUUGCGAAUUCGGUCUCUUCCCACGUGUCAAUCGCGAAUUAGACAUCCAAACCCAGACGAGACUCCGACACAUGUCUGCCCCUGGCAGUAGCUUCAGCCCAUUACGGGUAGCGAAGCGCAAAUUCAAAGCCUACACCUCCAUCGCCACAGAACCCGACGAUUACUACGACGAUGAGAAAGCCCUCGAUGAAUCCGAUUAUCUGGAAUCCCCGACCUCCACUUCGGCAUACUCCUCGCGCGCCACCUCCUCAUCUUAUCAAGGGAUGCUUCGCCAUGUUUCAGGCUCGUCCGCGCGGAAAGCGAAAGCCUACUCCUAUCGACCGCCCCGGCGAUACGCUCGCUACUUCACGCUGGUCCUCCUGUCGAUAGUCAUUAUCUUCAUCCUCACGCUUGUGCGACAGAGUUGGGCAUCGGCAAAAUCCGUGUAUAAAGGGUUUGGCCGGCCUGCUGGCCCCCAUGCAUGGGAGGCAUUCCCGUUCCUAACGAGGUAUCAUGGGGGAAUCCGAACACUCGUUCCGCGAUCCGAAAAUCGGCCCGAAUAUCCAGGGAACCAUACUGUGGUGAUAUUGGAGAAGCCUGUGGGCCAGAAAAGAGAUGAAAAAGAGGAGAGAGGGGAUACUGCACUCCCGAAAGCGCAGAAGUUCUCACCUUUUCCGAACUACAGCUCACAGGCGUACAAGGACGAGUAUACCGAAGUUGCGGAGUGUUUUCUCGAUUCCGCAAACACCAUUCGAAUACCUCAGUUGCUUGCUUACCCUGGGGUGCCCAAGGGAAUGCCCGAAAACGUCAUGGGCUCGUACUCGAUGUUGGGAUUACGAGACGACAUUUGUUUUGAACGAUUUGGGAGGCUUGGACCAUAUGGACUUGGAUAUCCUCGACAUGCAGGAGGAAGUGGCUCUGCCUUGGGUGGCGAUCGGGACGGAGCUGAUGAUGUGUGGGCGGAAGAGCCGGAAGUUGACUUCAGGAAAGUCAAUUGGGCCGAUGCCCAAAGGCGGUGUUCGGAAGCCAACAGGCACCGAUUUAACGGGACCAUACCUAGUCAAAACAACGUGGACCAGAUGUUAGUCGCACAUCCACCGAAUGCAGAGGGUUUGGGAGUGCACAACGAAAAGCGAGAAACACAACGGGAGUCCAGCGAAUCUGAUGCCGGCUUCGAUGCCGACUCUAGCGAACAUGGACUGGCGUUUCCUCCGACUUCCAUUCCAGCCGAAUCCCAGGCCUCCACAUCGACGACCGCUGUAAACAAGCGACUACCCCGCACAGCUCUUCUUCUGAGAACAUGGCACAACUACGAAUACGAUGACGAAGACCUUUUAUUCUUGAGAGCGCUGGUUGCAGAGCUUUCGCUUCUUUCGGGCGGGGAGUACGAGGUCCAUUUCCUAAUCCACGUCAAAGACGACGACAAACAGAUCUGGGCGGAUGAGGAGACUUACCAAAGCGUCCUGGACAGUGCACUUCCCCCGGAGUUUCGCGGGAUGGGAACUCUGUGGUCGGAGCGCCAGAUGUCACUUAUCUAUGGUGGCUUGGAGGAGAGCAUGUACAGGGGCUUGCCUGUCUAUGGAGCGUACCGGAGCUCAUUCAUGCCGGUACAGUAUUUCUCCCACCGUCACCCGGAGUACGACUACAUCUGGCACUGGGAGAUGGACGUCCGGUAUACCGGGCACUUCUACCACCUCUUCGACAAGGUCAGCCAAUGGGCGGCCCAGCAGCCGCGGAAAGGUCUAUGGGAGAGAAAUUCGCGCUUUUAUGUUCCGAGUGAACAUGGUUCCUGGGAAGAUUUCAAACAUCUCGUUCGAGUCCAGACCGAGCAUGGAACCAGUACCAAGAGCAACAUCUGGACCGAACUUGCUGCGAAGAAUCCGAACCUGCCUGCAUAUGCGCAACCACAGCAGCAAGCGGAGAAGCCGAUCUGGGGAGCGGAUCCUCCACUGGAUGACGUGCUGGAGACGCAGAAUGACCCUUUUCCUCCCCAAUCGAUCAAAGAUGACAAACACGAAUGGGGCGUUGGCGAAGAGGCCGACCUCAUUGUCUUCAAUCCGCUCUUCGACCCGGCUGGAACGAAUUGGAUUCUUGCGGACGACGUGACGGGCUACAACAAGACUCAUGGGCUCCCUCCUCGUCGCACAGCGAUCAAUACGUCCAGUCGCAUGUCGCGGCGCCUCUUGGAAACGAUGCACCGCGAAACCGCUCUCAAGCGGCAUACCAUGUUCUCCGAGAUGUGGCCGGGAACAUGCGCGCUCCAUCAUGGAUUCAAGGCUGUGUACGCUCCGCAUCCCGUCUUCGUCGACCGGCAAUGGCCGACCGACUAUCUGGCCGCGAUAUUUAAUGGCGGGAGGAAUGGGGCUUCGGGUGGCGCGCGACCCAGCGUCUUCUCCGAUGAACGGCAGCACAACUUCCUUGGUACCACUUGGUAUUACCACGCGGGUUUCGCUCCGAACCUCUGGAAACGCUGGUUAGGGUACAAGGUCGACAACGACGGCGGGGAGGAAUGGGAGGUUCUUAAUGAGGGACGCAUGUGCCUUCCGGCAAUGCUGCUGCAUCCCGUCAAACAGGUAGACCUGGUCGUCGAGGGCCAAGAAAAGGAAAAUGAGGAUGAUUAUGCUUGAUCACUGUUCAUGGGCAUUGCAAGGAGUUUCUUUGGAUGGUUGGGGGAAUUGGCGAAAUGGACCGAAGCAGUACACACAGGCUGCGAUCAUGCAUAGAUCUUGGGGCAAUACUUGUAUUAUAUACCGUAAGAAAGAUGACUGAUGUGUAAAAUUUCUACUUGUUGAUGAGCGACGGUUUUGACCAAGGCUAAUAUUCGUUACUCUGGAUUUUUAAGGGCGCAAAAGUGACGCAUGUCCUGAGGAAGGAAGUCUGGACCGCCGCACAACAUCUAAACGGCAUUCUCUCUCUCUCAAAC